AUGUCCUCACGUAAAAAUUCCUUAAAAAACAACUCGGAGUUCUCAUUAAACUCGACUACAUCCAAUACAAAUUCCAAUGCCAGUGCAGAUAUAACGGAUAAGUCAAUAAAUUUAAAUGAAUUUUUGGAUUUUUUAAAUUUGUCGUGUCAUGUUAAUGACAUGAUUUCCCACAAUAGUGAAGAACAACAAAGACAACAUAAGGAACAUUUUCAAACGACAAAAUCGUCUAAUGGUGCGACCGGUUUGACCACGGCUCGUCCUAAAACCUAUGGUACACAAAGUCCUAUAGAUUUUCAUAAAUUAUCUCAAAAUCGUUUAGUAAAUGAUUUAUAUGGUUUUAAUCGCCAUGUACGUUUACCGGCUGAGGAAAUAGGUGAGAAUAAUGUGGGCGCCGUGGGUGUUGAAGUUACACGUCCUUUACGACGUGCCUCUACCUUAACAACAACUUCAAAAGUAUCAAGUAAAAAUGCAGAAGGAGGUUUGCAUCCGAAAUUAAAUGAAAAAUUGGAUUAUGUUUUAAAUGAGGGCAUUUUGGAUGCAGUUUUACCUUUUAUUUGUCCAGUGCCACUGCCAGCUAAUUACACUAGUCGUUUGAAACCCAAACAACAAAGAGAAGGCAAAGAUAUCAAAAAUGUUACAGCCCAAUCAUCUGAUGCCUGCCGCGAAGAAACAAAUGAGUCAGAAUGCGCUGCAAACAAGGAUUCCGCCACUAAAGUAAAAGCUAAAACAAGUGUAACACAACUAAAGUCCUCGACAGUGGUUAAUGCCACCAAAAAGGAUCCGGAAGUUGUUAUACAUGUUUGUGAUGAGGUGAAAAAUACUUCUAAGGAUUUCAUGUGUCCUCAGAGUUUGCUCGUCAGCAAGAUGGGUUACUUUGCCGAUGUUACUGCCGGUCAAAAGCUCGAGGAUAUGGAUAUAUCGGUACACUGUGACAUACAAAUCUUCGAAUGGCUUAUGAAAUGGGUAAAAUCGGAGAAUGCCACUAGCAGCACGUCUAGUGUAGAUCCUAACAAUGAUAUGGCACCAAAUUUAAAUGUUAAUAAUGUGGUUCCCAUAUUAGUUUCAGCUAGUUUUUUACAGAUGGAACCCUUGCUUAUGGAUUGCUUAAGCUUUUGUCACUCCCGCUUGGGUGAAGUGGUACGAGUUUCUACCAAUCUCUCCUGUUUAAAUGAUACCAUAAUCACCCGCAUGGCUGCCAUGUUCACUAAUGUUGAAUUGGAAAUGGUGUGUGAUAAAAAGGAUCGUUUAUUGCCGCGUUUAUGGACCAAACUUAUCUUGAGUCUUUUCGAACCAGAAACGGAAGCUUUAAGGGGUCAUUACUAUAGUUUAUCGGGUUUAUUUAAAUGUGCAAAAUGUCAAAAAUGUUUAACCAAUACCAUGAAGUCCUAUAUACAGUGUAUACCAGGUAAUGUACGUUUAAAUCGUUGGGGUCAAAUUGUUAGUCAUCAUGUGCGCGAAUCUUCAUGGGAUUUGAAUUACUAUAUAGCCCAACUAUUUAAAGAGGUUAAAUCGUGGCGUUUGGUCUAUUGGAAACUAUGGGGUCAUGCUCAUUAUUUGUACUGCUGUCUGUGUGAAAUGUACUUUCCGGUUUAUCAGAUGUCUUGGUGUCGUUAUCAUCCCGAAUCACCUAGCUUUCUCGGUCCUGUUGCCGAGGGUCGUACUACAGGUCCAGCUGGUCGUUAUGCUUGUUGUGGCCAACAGGCUUUUCGUUAUGAAACCUUACCGGGUCCUCAUGGCUGUCAGUUUCGUGAACAUAGCGUUUUAGUAGAAACUGAUCGUGAACGUUCUAUAUUAUCUAUAGUGCAGUUAGCUAUUGAGGGUAAAGCCUUAGGUGAUUGCCCUCCACAUCGUAUGCAAGACUUAUUGGCUAAUGGAGAAAUUGAACACAGAUGGAUGGGUAUAUCGUUGAUGCCUCAACGUUGUCGUCAGGGUUUGUUGCCGGUUUUGAAUCCAGAUG